AUUUGACAUUUGACAGUUGACGUGUCCAUUUGUCCUAGGGAUGUUUGUUGUGAUUUGUACAACAUAAAAAAUAUUUUUAUACCUGUUUUAGUACUUUAACAUCCAAUUUUACGACAAAUUACAAUUUUUUAGAACGUUACUUUCCACGUGUAUAUGCAUUGCACAGUGAUCUGGAGACCUUUUCUGUGAUUUUUCAUCUCAUAAUUUUAAAUUUGAUAAUGUUUUCUUUUGAAACAAUUAUUUCACCGUGUUUACUUUAUAAUAAUUACCUUUUCCAGUCGUGAGUUAUAACAUACGUGGUUCGGUUAUGAAUGUAAUUUUUUUUAAUUAACCGCUAAUAAACUAAUAUUAAUAAAAAUGCGCGUGAAUAUACGAAAAUUGCUUUUUGCCGGUGGUGUCUGCAUUUUACUGUGGUUCCUAGUUUCCUUCUCCUCUAUAAUAGACGUUCCAAGGUCGGCCUUGGGCAGAAACCAUGUGAAUGAAUUUGAAAAUAGAAUCAAUAGACUCCAAAAAAAAUUAGAUGAACAAGUGGAAGAUAGCAAUUUACUGUUAGAGAAAGUGAAGAAGCAUUUAAAGAAGACUGAACUUGCCAAAGAGGAUGAUGUGGACAAUAUAGAAGUUGUUAAAAUGAACCCCAACCCGAUUUUGCCCGUACUGGUGAUCGCAUGCGACAGAGUGACUGUGAAGCGGUGUCUCGACAACCUGGUCAAGUUCCGACCCAACAAAGAGACAUUCCCGAUCAUCGUUAGCCAAGACUGCGGCCAUAACGCCACCUACCAAGUCAUCAAAAGUUUCACUGAUGCGGACUCUUCGAUAUCGGUGGUCCGCCAACCUGACCUCUCAGAGAUACCGCUGCACAGGUCAGAGGUCAAGUAUAAAGGGUACUUCAAGAUAGCGCGCCAUUAUAAGUUCGCGCUCAACUAUGUGUUCAAAACGCUGGGCCACGAGGCGGUCAUCAUUGUUGAGGAUGACUUGGACGUGUCGCCUGAUUUCUUCGAGUAUUUCCUUGGCACUUAUCCUCUUCUUUACAAGGAUUCUAGUUUAUGGUGUAUAUCAGCAUGGAAUGACAACGGCAAGAAAGGUGUGAUCGACAUGUCCAGGCCGGAGUUAUUGCACAGGACAGACUUCUUCCCGGGGCUAGGUUGGUUGCUCAGGCAGGACACGUGGCGUCAGCUGGAACCCAAGUGGCCACCAGGAUUCUUUGAUGACUGGUUGAGGAAUCCGGAGAAUACGCAAGGAAGGGCUUGCAUUCGACCGGAGAUAUCCAGAACUUAUUCUUUUGGAAAGGUGGGCGUGAGUAAAGGCCUGUUCUUCGACAUGCACCUGCGCAACAUACUGCUCAACACGGAAUUCGUAGAGUUCACUAAACUUAACCUGACUUAUUUGCUCAAGGAUUUCUACGACGACGCUCUCACGUCUACGGUGUACUCUCUCCCGGAGAUGAGUGCGGAGGACGUGGUGCUGGGCGCCGACAGCAGCAGCACCGCCAUCAGGGUCUCCUACUCCAACGCGAAGACCUACCAACGAGCCGCCAAGAAACUCGGCCUCAUGGACGAUUUUAGGAGUGGCGUGCCCCGCACAGCGUACCGCGGCAUCGUGACGUGCUUCAUACGCGGCCGGCGCGUGUACCUCGCGCCCGACUACCAGUGGAGCAAGUACGACCCCGCGUGGGGCUAGCGACCCCCUGCCCGCCCGGGCGGCGCAUGCUACCAUAAGCCGAAUCACAUCUGCGCAGGCGGCAUGACAUGUAAUAUGUAAAAUAAUUAAAAUUUUAUUGUAUAAAAUCUGCGUGUGCGCAACUCUAAACGUUUUCUAACAUCACAAAAACCAUUUGUUCUGCGUUGGGUUAUGUUGAGCUCUGUGCUCUCCCCAAUUCCGAGUUCAUGUGACGAAGUAUUAUAUUAUCGUCGGUGCAAGUCUAAAAAGACAUUUUCAGCGCGUGUGUAUAAAUUAUACGUCUUUGUUGUCAUCAGGUUGUUAAAAUAGGAGUCAAAUUAAAAUUACUAUGAAGUCAUACAAAGCUAAUAUCAUUUUUUCGAGAUCCCUUCAAAUUUUAUAUGACACAUCUAUCCUCAACAUCUUUUAGGGGUAUAUUAUAAAAACUAUUUUCAGUAAAUAAUAUAAUUUUGAUUUUAUUUGAAAACAUAGCAUUCUUCUAUUUUUUUCAUUUAUGUGUUUAUAUGAUUAUGUAAUCCAAAUUAGGGGAAAAUACAACUAUAUUGACCAAUGCUUCCUGUAUUCUUGACGCAUAAAUGGUAAAAAAAAACAAUAAAAAUAUACAUCUCCACUUUAAGGUGUAAAGACAAAUAGUAACCAUUAACACUUCCAUGCGAGAAAGAACCAUACUUAAUUAUAUUGUCUUGGAUCGGCGUACCCAGCUUUCAACCUAGAAGUCGUAUGCCAAUGUAUGCCUGAUAAUCGCUCUUUAUACAACCCUUUCUCUAUGAACUAAUUAUUGUUAUAAAUAAAUUAUUUUGUUAUCCUACUAAUAUGACUGUGACAGUUUGUGAAGAUUUUUGUAUAUAAAUUAGAAUAAACUGUAAAAUGGAUUUGGAUGAAAUUUGGCGCAGAAGUAGACUAAAUUCUGGAUUAAAAUAUUUACAUAUUGCUUCCCGUAUAAUGGAUGAUGGACCUUUUAUUCCUGUAAAAGACUUCUACGGGGUAGGAGUUGCGAGCAAGAAUAACUUGAUGUAAUUUUCUGAUUAUAAUGUAUAUAUGGUUAUUUCUAAAAACACGACAUUUCGUAUGAUAAACGUAAGUGACGCGGUUGGCGGACUCUGCCAUAUAUGUUGUUAUAAAAUUAAAUGUAAUUAAAAUAGUGACAUUCUAAUAUAUAUCGAUGAAUCGUAACUGUAAGCCUCUAUUUAUGGACCCAGUUGUCAUCUAGCACCAAAUACUCAUUAGUAGUAGAUAAAUAGCAGGGUUGGACUAUCGCACAGGUUGGCUAUUGCGACAAUACUGUAUACUUACUGUAUAUACCCUGCUACUGAAGCCAGUUUUUGAUAUUUAAGGACCAUGUAAAAUACCACUAUCACCAGUAAUAAUUUUAUCAGUCUGGAUAAAUAUUUCAAUGAUAAAUAUAUUGUUAAAAUACAUAUUAUAAUUAUAUUUUGUUAGGAUGUAUAUUUGAGGUCUAUUCUGCACGGACAAUACUGGCUGCGUUAUUGUUUACACAACAAUUUAAAUGUACAGUCGGUUUGAGAGUCAUAUAUUUACUUACAUGUAUGAAAUUGUUUUAUUAAAAUGUAUUAUUUCGAAAUAAGGGUCUUAAAAUAUUGUUAAUGUAAAUUUUAGUCAUCUAAUUAAUAUCAAUUUUAUUUCUACUGUGCGACACCAUUCUAAAUAGUAAUUAUGUUAAAGUUAUAAGGUUGCGAGAACAGUCGGUAAGUGUAACAUUUUAUAGUCAUCAACUUGACUCGACGAAAAUCUCAGUGUAAUUAUUCAGAGUUAUAUUGAGAAGAUAUUUGAUGUGAAUAAAUCAGUUCAAAUUAGAAAACAAAUGGUGAAUGUUAUAUAAUUAAUAAUAAUAUUAUCAUAUAAAAUAUUGUUUUGGGCUGAUUAUAGAUUUAAUCAUCAGAUAUAAGUUAAAGAAAAAUAAAAAACAAAACGUUUGCAUGAAUAAAAUAGUUGAAUUGUUUCACUAUUUGUUCAGUCUUCGGUCAAGCUAUAAUUUAUUGGAAAGAUAACUGUUAUCUGAUAAUUAUUGUAAAAUCAGCCUAUCAGUGGCGUAACUAUGCUGUAUAGGGCCCGUGGGAAGUUAACCGAAUUGGGCCUACCAUAAAAGUCUAUACCUGUAUAGAUUUUUACAGCGAGUUUUUUUUUACGUCCUAAACACACCAAAAACCUAAAGUGAAUUUUACAAAAUUUUGGGCCCCUUUAAAUCCGGGCCCCGUGACAGUUUGCCCGUCAUGUCACCCUAUAGUUACGCCAUUGCAGUCCGUUAUGAUUGUAUGUCACGUGAUUAUGAAUGUAAAUGCCAAGUUCAUAUUUCUGUAAUUAGAAGAUACGUAUUUAGAAGGAAGAAGUGGGAAAUGUGUGUAAAAUCUUUGUAAUUAUUUUGUUAUUGUUCACAAUUUUAAAGCAAUGAUGUAUGACUUUACAUAUUGUUUUACUGCAAUCCGGUUUUAUUUCUUCGUAAAUCAUAUUAGGGAUCCCGCUACUAAAGGCAGUAAUGAUAAAGUCCAUCACCUAAAAAGGAUUAGUGAAUUUAAAAAAUAUAUAUUUAUAUUCAAAUGCUUUUGAUAGACUAAAGUUUCUCACCCCCUUCCAAAUACGUAUCUGUGUAAACUAUUUUCUACACAAAAGCCGUUAAAGACUGUGAUGCAUUGUAUAUAUUGCUAAAUAUAAAUUAUAAAUAUUUGCGUGUAAUAUAGCCUGUUUAAUAAUUAAUAUAUUAAUGGUUUUGUU